CAUUCAUGAUCCUUUUUCAUCAUCAAGCACAGGAAUUAUCAAUUUAGCCAUCAAAGGUCUCUAAAUUUCUCAUUCCAUUUCUUAUUUCCAGUAUUCAAAGGAAAAAUGGCAAUACUCAGUGCUAAGAAACUCAUCAAGAUGGCCAGGAAAUGGCAGAAGUUUGCAGCCAUGCAGAGGAAGAGGAUUUCAUUUCCAAGAAAUGGUAGUGAUGUAGACAGUUGCACUACUUCCUCAUCCUCUAUAUUCGAGAAAGGCCAUUUUGUAGUAUAUACAAUUGAUCAAGCCCGUUUUGUCGUUCCCUUGGCUUACCUUGAAAAUGAGGUCAUUAGACAGCUUUUGAACAUGUCCGAAGAAGAGUUUGGGUUGUCAAGUGGUGGCCCUAUUACAUUACCUUGUGAUUCAGCCUUCAUGGACUACAUCAUUUCGCUAAUAAAAAAAGGCAUAGCUGCUGGAGAUCUUCACAAAGCGUUGCUCCUAUCAAUUCCUUCUUCUAGCUGUUCGACUUCUUCUUUGCACCAAGAAAGUGGAAACCAACAGCUUCUUGUUUGUUGAGUGAAGGUUAACAAUUUUGUUGUAUGUGCUAGCUGAAAAAUAGUUUUUUAGAUGGUAAAGAUUGAAGAGUACACAAUUGUAAAGCAAAUCAUACACAUUGAAUAUUAUAUUUGUCAGAACAUUUACCAUA